CUCCCUACAUUGUGAGGAGAGGGAAGGGCAGAGACAAAACUAGAGUGAGAAAAUCCCUCAAGAGAGAGGUGGCACCAAGCUCAAGCUAGAGAGAGAAAGAUACAUUUAUACACAGCAAUGGGCAACAGCCUUAGGUGCUGCCUGGCAUGCGUCCUUCCCUGCGGCGCGCUGGACCUGAUCCGGAUCGUCCACCUGAACGGCCGCGUCGAGGAGUACGGCCGGACGGUGGCCGCAGGCGAGAUCCUCGCCGCCAACCCGAACCACGUGCUGAGCAAGCCGUGCUCGCAGGGCGUCGUGCGGAGGAUACUCAUCGUAUCCCCGGACUCCGAGCUGGAGCGCGGAGGGAUAUACUUCCUCAUCCCGGCGUCGUCCGUGCCGCCGGAGAAGAAGAAGAAGAGCAACAAGAGCCCGGCGCCGACCUCGCAGGGCGAUCAGGUCAAGACACCGACGGUGUCGAGCUGCCACGGCAAGACCAACAAUCUCAAGAGCAAUGGGCGCCGUGACUUGGGUGAUGCGUUGUCGCAAAAGAGGUCGUCGUCACACCGGCGGCGCACGAGCCCCGGCAGCCGUACCGCCGUGUGGAGGCCACACCUCGAGUGCAUUGUUGAGCACACUUGAACCAUGGAUCAUUUCUUCUUCUUCAUCUUCUUUUUUUCCUUUUUUUUUGUGAAAUCAAGGGGGGUUGAUGUGCCACCAACAUGGUGUUUUGCUCUCUUGUGUGGUUAAUGUUUAUUUUUCUCCCUUUUUUAGGGUGAAAGUAUGCAUCCAUGUAAUGCUUUCCCCUUCCUACAUGUAUAUAUGAUGGAAAUGGAGAGGGAGGGUUGUCAAUUCUUCCCUUGUUCGUGUUCUGUAAUUUCUAUCUUUUUCAUGUUUUUCAGGGUGUUUCAAUUUUCACAGCUUUGUGCAGUGCUUGAAGGAAGAGAACAAAUGCAAGAUGGCACAUAGCUUUCUCUUCAAAAACAAAAGAAUAAUUUAAUGACAAGU